CAGUGUCUCUUAAAAUGGAAUCAGGUUGAACGGUCCAGAGUCCAUUCAUCCGUGGGCCACCACUAUACAGAAGGAAUGGGUGGUUUGAACACAAUUCCCAAUGGUCGAUGAUCAACAUACAUGUGUGGCCCACCUGACGAACAGAACGACCUGAUUUUUUCAUAUCAUCAUAUUGAAGGUGGGGCCCACCUUAUGCCCCAAUCGGAUGUUUGGCAUGCUUUCCAGGUUGACACGGGUGCAGCGUGUAAAAGCGCGUGCAUAGCUAGGACUCGGGGUUCCAAACUUCGUGUUUCCAAUAGCGGGUUUCAAAUUUCAAACUGAGAAAAACUAUGAUACUCUGGUAGAGUGCGUGGAUGAUACGCUAGCACUUGCAAAAAUUAUUUAUGUGGAAUAUAAUUAAUUUAAAUUAAACUGUCGAAGUUGUGGGUCCCAGUUUAUAUGUAUCAUGAAACAAAAUACAGGCCUAUUUCAUUAGUUGGAUAUCCGAUUGAUACGGUCAAAAUCUGAAAACAUCCAACGGUCCUAUGUCAACAAACAAGUGUAAACGAAUCAGAGGUUAGGAUUGUUUAAGAAAUCUCUAGUCUGAAUUAGAAAUAGUGACUCCCAGAAUUUAGUUGGUUUAAUUUGAAUUAAUACAUCCCUCAUGUGGAAUUUCUAAGCGCCGGACUAUCAAGCGUCAUCGCCGCCGGAGUAUCGAAACAACUCCCCAUUCAAAAUUAAAAGCUUAUUAACUAACGGCUCUGCGCCUUUCCAACGGUCAAAACCUGCCAUACCCUUCUCUCAGUUCCAUUUCAUCCUUUCAGUUCACCAACGAAACCCGUUUCUCUCCUCAACCGUCUGAAAAACACAAAAACCCAUCUCUCUCUCUCUCUCUCUCUCUCUCUCUCUCUCUCUCUCUCUCUCUCUCGCUCUCCUUUUAUGUGAUUUCUGAAAAUUCAAUGGCAACUCCAACGGUACCAAAAACCCCCAAAACCGCCACAUUCUCAAGUCCCUCUAAUCUGUCAAAUGCUGCGGCUAAAGUUCGUGUCGUUGUUCGAAUCCGGCCCUUCCUUGCUUCGGAGAUUGCAGCGAUAGGAGGAAACCCAACCCCUUGCGUCUCCAUUCUCAAUCCAGAACGUGGGUCCCACGAGGAAGUUGCCGUUCAUAUCAAAGAUCAAGAAACCAGCCGUAACGAGUGUUACAAGUUAGAUUCUUUCUUCGGGCAAGAUGACAAUGUGGGUCAGAUUUUCCAAAAAGAAGUCAGCCCUGUUAUUCCAGGAAUUUUCGAUGGUUGUAAUGCGACUGUCUUUGCAUACGGAGCGACGGGCAGCGGAAAAACCUACACAAUGCAGGGUACUGAUGAGCAGCCAGGCUUAAUGCCGUUGGCCAUGUCAACCAUCUUAUCAAUGUGUGAAAACACAGGAAGCUCUGUUGGGAUUUCAUAUUAUGAAGUUUACAUGGAUCGGUGUUACGAUCUCCUGGAGCCGAAAGUGAAGGAGAUUUCAGUGUUGGAAGAUAAGGACGGACGGGUUCAACUUAAGGGACUUUCUCAGGUUCCUGUGCAGUCGAUGUCUGAGUUCCAUGAGAUUCUUUCUUCUGGGAUCCAAAGGCGUAAAGUAGCACAUACGGGUCUUAAUGAUGUCUCAAGUAGAAGCCAUGGGAUACUGAUGAUCGUUGUUUCUUCUCCCUGUGGUGAUGGCUCCUGCAGUGCCAUUACUGGGAAGCUGAAUUUGAUAGACUUGGCAGGUAAUGAAGAUAACAGGAGGACUGGUAACGAAGGCAUCCGUUUACAAGAAAGUGCAAAGAUCAACCAGUCCUUAUUCGCCUUGUCGAAUGUGAUAUAUGCUCUUAAUAACAACGAAUACCGAGUGCCUUACCGAGAAAGCAAGUUGACAAGGAUCCUUCAGGAUUCUCUUGGUGGAACCAGCCGUGCGCUGAUGAUAGCUUGUUUGAAUCCUGCGUCAUAUCAAGAAGCUGUUCAUACCGUCAGCUUGGCUGCUCGGUCGCGCCAGAUUGUAAAUUACAUUUCUUCUGCUAAGAAACAAGAUACCCCAAAAGUGAAAGUCGACAUGGAGGCCAAGCUACGUGCUUGGCUCGAAUCUAAAGGCAAGACACAGAGUGCACAGAGAAUUGGAGCAGCGAAUUCUCCAUUCAUGGGCAAAACACCUGCUUCUGUGAGCUCCUCAAAGAAACCCAAUUUGAUUCGAUCCUCUACAAAGGUGUCCACUAAUCAAAGGGUAUCGAAUGUGAAAGGGAGAAAACUAUUCGAUUUUGAAGCUCGAGCUACAGCCGCCACAGAGGAAAGUUAUUUAUCAAAUGCUCCGAUCAAUGGAGACACUUCUAUAAAAGAUGCAUCCCUUCAUGAAGUAGAGGAUUCUAGAGAUGGAUUUAAAACUAUGCAAGAUGUUGAUUCAAACCUUUCUAAAGGCAAAAGCUGUGAUGAGCAGCUGAAUACUCUAUCUAAUAUCAUGAAACAUUGUGAAUCUGCUGUUCAUGAAGAAGAGAAGGAUCAUGGUGGCAAUACUGACCAGUUAAAGCCAUCAACAUAUGAGUCUUUGGGCAAGGAGAACGUGUCUACUGAUUUUGUGGGAUCAUCGUCAAUAAGUGAAAGAAUAAUAGCACUACAAAAUUCUCUAAGAAAAGCUCUCUCCCCUAACUGCUCCAAUAUAAAUGGUGCCCACAAUGAUGAGUCCUUGCGCAAGGAGUAUAUGUCUAUGGAUUUUGUGGAAUCGCCACCCAUAAGCGAAAGGGUUAGAGCACUACAACAAUCUCUGAGAAAAGUUCUCUCCCCAAUCCCUUCUUAUUCAAAUAUGACAACACCACACAAGGACUUGUUAUCAGAUGACCGAGUUUGUUUGGUUCUCUUUGAGCCAAGAACUCCAAAAACACCCUAUGUUUUUACUUGUGAUAAUGACGGUGUCCAAAUGAAUGGCACUCCACUUGAGAAAUUCAACUCCCGCAGCUAUAAUUUGAAGAGCUCUCUUGUUCAAGACUACCUUGCAUUCUUGAAUACCGCCAGCAAGGAGGAAUUGCUAGGACUAAAGGGUAUUGGACAGAAGAGAGCUGAUCACAUUCUCCAACUCAGGGAGACAACACCCCAGGCAUUUACAUCAUUGUCUGAUUUGGAGAAGAUUGGCCUUUCAUCAAAACAGGUCAAUGAUAUGUUUAGAAUGAUGGCAAGAGGAAUCUUCAGCUGAGAAAGAUGGGCCAUUUGUCUUCUUUAUGUGGUCCCAAAACAUGGACCGUUGUCUAUCAUAUCAUCCAAUAUCUGUAUUUAUAAUUCACGUUUUCUGAUCUUUGGUUGAGAAGAUCAAUAUCCUACAAUAUCAGUUGUAGGUAGUGUGACUUCGUUGAGUGUGUAGACGAAUGAGAUUGUCAGAAAAUCAAAUUCAGUUUCCACC